AAAGUUUGUCAUUUUCCUUUUUUUUCUUCUCUCAUACUCUACCUACACAUCCCAUCCUAAAGAAAAAAAGAAAGAAAAACCAAAGAGCUCCGCCGCAAGGGCGAAGAAGCAAAUUGGAAUUUCAUCUCUCAUCGUUAACAGGGGACAGUGUUGGAGCAGAUUAUCUGAAAAUGGCUAACGCUCUUGUAAACAGAGCAGCUACGGUGAAUCAGGCCACGACCUACUUCAGGCUCUCUUUCAGUUUCCUCAGAAAUCUGAGCACUGCGACCCCUACUAACAAUCCUCCAACGACGUCGUCGGCCGAUGGACCUAAGAAGCCCAAGCGGAAGAAGAAGAAGAAUCUUUUUGAGGUGGCUCAGUUUCUGCCUAAUUGGGGUAUCGGUUAUCACAUGGCCAAGACUCAUUGGACCGGUGUCUCCUAUGAAAUUACAAAAAUCAAUCUUUAUAAGGAUGGUAGACAUGGUAAGGCUUGGGGACUCGCUUAUAAAGAUGGUUUACCAAUUGCUGACGCACCCAAGAAAAUGAGUGGUGUACAUAAGAGGUGCUGGAAGUACAUUGCAAAUUUCAAGAAAGCUGAAGGAAGUCUUGAUCAAGUAAAGAAAGCUGAAGAAAGUACCCCAAAUUCAGAUGUUGAAGCUGCUUGAGGCAGUUUCCUUGAUCUCAUUAACUGCUCUAGCAUUGGAAUCUUCAAGGUCGUUGCAACUUCUUUUUGUUUGUGGUGGCAUCUUGUCAAUGAAGUAGCAUUCAGUGGAGCUUCAGUCUGUUGCCUUCUGUCAUGAAGUUAUAGCACCUAGUCUGCCUUAUUUUAGAAAGAACCGAUAGAAAUGUGGACUCAUUUCAGAAACUAGCUCUUUUUAGUUUUUAAUAAUAGAUAUUUUUAUUUGCUGCAGCUGCACCCUAAUAUUUAUAAUAGAUAUUUUUAUUUGCUGCAGCUGCACCCUAAUAUUUCACUCCUUUGAAGUCCCAGCUUCGUGAGAGAAAAAGAAAAGAAAGAUUUGCUCUAGGU